GUGAUCAUUGGUCCAGCCAAGAUGAUAACUAUCCCUCCCCGUCACUAUUGUAUAAUUGAAAACCCAGUCAUGAGAGAUCAUAAAGAAGGCAAAGUCAUCAUAGAUGAGUAUGGACAAAUCAAGCUUCGUCAUGCUGAUCAGGAAAUUCGMCUUGCACAAGAUCCCUUCCCAUUGUUUCCUGGUGAAGUCCUUAAGCAUGGCUGCACUGCUCUAAGGAUUGUCAUUGCUAACUCAGCCCUUAGACUUAGAGCUGUACUUGACUUUGAAGAUGAAUCUGGUGAAAAGAGAGUUGCWGGAGAUGAGUGGUUGUUUGARGGACCAGGAACAUUGAUACCUCGCAAGGAAGUUGAAGUUGUUGAGACCAUUCGAGCUUCCAUUGUUCAGCCUAAUCAGGCUAUAAAGUUACGAGCAAGAAAAGAGACAAAGGAUCGAAAUGGUAAUCCAAGAGUGACAGGAGAAGAAUGGUUGGUCAGACAAGUUGGUGCUUAUCUACCAAGUGCCUAUGAAGAGGUCAUUGCUGUGGAGGACGCUUUUGUUCUCACUGAGAAGAGAGCACUACAUUUACGUGCUACGGGCACUUUCAAGGAUGUUUAUGGGGUGACAAGAAAGAAUGGAGAAGAAUGGCUCGUCACGAUGAACGAGGCUGAAUCUCACAUUCCUGAUGUUUAUGAAGAGGUUCAAGGGGUUGUCGAUAUUACUACUUUGAACAACCGACAGUACUGUGUCAUUUUGGAUCCAAUCGGCAAAGAUGGAAAACCACAACUUGGACAGAAGAAGCUUGUCAAGGGUGAAAAGUCAUUCUUUUUAAUGCCUGGCGAAAAGCUGGAAAGUGGAAUCCAAGAUGUGUAUGUGCUUGGAGAAGACGAGGGAUUGAUUCUAAAAGCUCAUGAAGCCUUUAUUGAUCAGGUUGAAGGAGAUGAAGAUGACAAGGGAGUAUUGCGCAAGCCUGGAGACCGCUGGAUGAUUCGCGGACCUAGUGAAUACAUCCCCGUCGUACAAGUAGAAGUAUGUGAUCGACGCAAAGCAAUCCCAUUGGACAACAACGAAGGUAUUUAUGUUCGUGACAUAAAGACUGGCAAAGUACGAGCUGUGUGUGGUCAAAGCUACAUGCUAACGCAAGACGAAGAACUCUGGGCAAAGGAGCUCCCCCCUGCUGUAGAGGAACUUUUAACCGGUGGCAAGGACCCCCUGGCUGACAGAGGUACUCGUGGAUCAAAAGCUGAUGGUGCGUACUCUAGACAGCGAAAUAAGACAAGGGUGGUUACAUACAGAGUACCACAUAACGCAGCUGUGCAGAUCUAUGAUUACAAAGAGAAGAAAGCAAGAGUGAUCUUUGGACCCGAGCUCGUCAUGCUUGGUCCCGAUGAACAGUUUACUCAACUUAGUCUUUCUGGCGGGAAACCCAAGAAACCCAACGUGAUUAAGGCACUCUGUUUGCUCUUGGGACCUGAUUUCUGUACUGACAUUGUUGUUGUGGAAACCGCUGACCAUGCAAGACUGUCUCUUCAGUUGUCGUAUAAUUGGCAUUUUGAUACAGCAGACAAGAGUGAGAAGGAAGCAGCCAAAAUAUUCUCGGUUCCAGACUUCGUUGGUGAUUCGUGUAAAGCUAUUGCGUCGAGGAUCAGAGGUGCUGUUGCAGGAGUACAGUUUGAUGAUUUUCACAAGAAUUCAGCGAAGAUAAUUCGAGCCUCCGUGUUUGGUCUGGAUGAAAACCAUAAAGUUCGUAGUCGUUUUUCUUUCCCGGCUAACAAGCUGAGCAUUACAAGCAUUGACAUUCAAUCAGUAGAACCUGUGGACCAGAGGACGAGGGACGCCUUGCAGAAAUCUGUACAACUCGCUAUUGAAAUUACAACCAACUCGCAAGAAGCCGCUGCCCGACACGAGGCCGAGCGCCUCGAGCAAGAAGCCAAAGGACGCCUUGAAAGACAGAAAAUCACUGAUGAAGCUGAAGCUGAGCGUUCAAGAAAGGAACUGCUUGAGCUUCAAGCUCAAAGUGCUGCUGUGGAAUCCACAGGACAGGCUAAGGCUGAGGCCCAAUCCCGUGCUGAAGCAGCAAGGAUUCAAGGAGAAGCAGCUGUUCAACAAGCCAAGUUAAAGGCAGAGGCCACAAAGAUUGAAGCUGAAUCGGAGCUUGACCGCUUAUCCAAGAAACGAGACGCUGAGCUUUCAUUUGAAAGUGAACAGAAUAAACUUGAGAUAACCAAAGCCGAGGCAAUGGCGAACAUUGAAACUGACAAGUUUAAAAACAUGGUGUCAGCAAUUGGUGCUGAGACAAUCCAGGCAAUUGCUACAGCUGGGCCAGAAAUGCAGGUAAGUGUUUUGGUAAUAAUGUGAGGAAAAGAACAGUGG